GAUAAUGUGCUAAACAUAUUUUUUUCCUUCUAUUAACAGAGUGUUAAACCUGCGCCAGACAUUUUCAACUAUGCCCGAAUCGGAUCUGGAUGACCUAGUCACGGAGCUGGUUUCUGGCAAUGACUUGGUGGGUCCUGAGUCAGUACGAGCGGCGCUGCGUGCAAGGGGACUCCGCGUCCAACGUAGAAGGGUGCGAGAAAGUAUGCUGCGCACAAACCCUGGGGCAGCUGCACUUAGAUCCUUACUGCAGAGACCAGAGAGAAGGACCUACCAAGUACAAGGUCCUAACUCUUUGUGGCACAUUGAUGGUAACCACAAGUUGAUAAGGUGGAGGAUGGUCAUCCAUGGAGGGAUAGAUGGCUACAGUCGCUUGGUUGUUUUCCUCCGUGCCUCCUCCAACAACCGCAGCAGCACAGUGUUGGAAAGCUUUGUCAAUGCUGUGGAUCGCUAUGGUGUGCCCUCCAGGGUCAGGACUGACAAAGGAGGAGAAAACAGUUCUGUGUGCCUCAUGAUGAACCUCUUCCGAGGUUUUAGACGAGGCAGCGCCAUUCAAGGGAGGAGCGUACACAACCAACGCAUAGAGAGGCUCUGGGGGGAUCUCUGGCGUGGACUCACAAACGUGGUUUCAGACUUUAGAUUCCUGGGCACACACCACAUCAAAGAGGAUCUCUCCUGGAUCACAGUAGUCAAGAAGGCCCAGCAGCAGCGACUCUAUUUUCUGAGGAUCCUCAGGAAAAACAACCUGUAG